AUGGAUGACGCCACGAAAUCUCGUUUAAAAGCGAUUCCUCUCUGUAGAACGAAGGCCGGACCACGUGAUGGAGAUUUGUGGAUAGAACGAUUGAAGGAAGAGUACCAGUCCAUCAUCAAAUUUGUUCAAAAUAAUAAGGAUUCUGAUUCGGAUUGGUUUCGUCUGGAGUCGAACGCUGACGGAACGAAGUGGUUCGGAAAAUGUUGGCAUUAUCAUAACAUGGUUAAAUACGAAUUCGAUGUGGAGUUUGACAUUCCUGUUACCUAUCCAGUUACUGCACCCGAGAUUGCCUUACCCGAAUUGGAUGGUAAAACUGCAAAGAUGUACCGAGGUGGUAAAAUUUGCCUAUCGGACCACUUCAAGCCGUUGUGGGCAAGAAACGUACCAAAAUUCGGUAUCGCGCAUGCAUUCUCUCUAGGAUUGGGACCAUGGUUAGCAGUCGAGAUUCCGGAGUUAGUAGAAAAAGGAUCGAUCGCUCCGAAGGCCUAG